UAAUAUCCAAUCAAAUAAUAUCCAAUCAAAUUAUAUUCAAUCAAGAAAAUCACGAAAUUUAGAAGAGGCAGAAAUUAUUUUCUCAAGUGAGACACGUUUUAAUAAUUACAAUAAAAAAAAAGUAUAUUAUUUAGAUGAGGAAGCCCAUGAAUUAUUUUCUAAUAAAAAUUGCAAACAAAAGGAUAAUAAUAAUGAUAAUGCAUAUGGAGGCUGUUCAAGAUCAAGAAGUUCUUGUGUUGAUACAAAAUAUUAUGACAUAUUAAAUGUGAAACCAUAUGCAAGUUUCAAGGAAAUAAAAGA